AAAUCAAUCAAAGUCAAUCGAAAAACUACAGAAUAUGUACUAUAGAAAUACAAAAAAACAGAAAAAAAAAAUUUAUACAUACAAUACCUUUAUUUUUUUAAGCACUUGUGAUAAUUUCCACCUUUUGGUAUUAAAUUUGCUUUAGUUUACUAUACUUUUUAGUGAUUUCUAUUCCAAAAAGUAACGGCAUACUCAUGGAUGACUCUACGGUUCCCUUACACUUGGAGCCUAUGCAGCAAAGUGAAGUGUGUGACAAAAGACUGUGGAUUGGAAAUCUGGAUCUUAGAGUUAAUGAUUCGACAUGUUAUUCCAUCGCAGCGGGCCCAAUGCAGGGCAGCCGCGUGGGUUCGCCUUUGUCACCUUCAAGAUGAGACAGGAUGCUAUUAAAGCCAUGAAUUCUCUAAAUGGUCAGCUCUUGGGAUCGAAAAGAAUUUGUGUUAAAUUUGCCAAGACUACAUCGAAAACAUCUGGCCGCCGAGCUUCAGCACGUCGAGCAAGUACUGCAAGACAACAAGCUUCGGGUCCCGCGCCUACGUCACAGUGACCGAGUGAAGCCAGCCACAGUCGAGCGUGUGCCUGCUGUACUACCCUAUGUCAGAGGAGUCACAGACAAGGUUGGCUACAUCUUGAAGCGAGCUUCCAUUAAAACGUACUUCAAGCCGCUGAAGAAGAUUGGUCAAUUUUUACCAUCCGUCAAGUGUCAUAUCCCUCUACAAGAUGCAGGAGUGUACAAGCUGGAUUGUGAAUGUGGUCUCUCGUACAUAGGACAAACAAAAAGAUCUAUUAAAACCCGCGUUAAAGAACAUAUAGCUGACGUGAAGCACCGACGUAUCGGGAAGUCUGCAGUUUGUGAACAUGUUCAGGAUCGUCCCCGUCAUUACAUUAGAUUUGAUAGACCACAAAUCCUCGCAAAAGAACACCGAUUCCUCCCAAGGAUGAUUCGCGAGGCUAUUGAAAUUAAAAAACAUCCUAAUUUCAAUAGAGAAGAUGGAUGGGUGCUGCCAUCUGCUUGGGAUCCCAUAAUUAAUAAAAUCAAAUCCAAACCCAAGUAUACCACUGCUAGACUUCAAGAUACUGUAAGCUCAUUCUGCGUAAAUCGAACCAAAAAUUAAUAUUAAAAAACUGAAGGUAGCCGGGCUAACUAUGACAACAGGACGUCAAACAACUCCGUCCCCCGUGACCACGGGUGCUGGAAAGCACCCGAAACGUCGGGAAUAUAAAAAUAAGUUAAAAAUAAGUUAAUAUACGCGAUAAAAUCCGUAAAAUUAGUUUUAUUUAAAAAUGUGUAGUGUUCGCGUAAAUAUAAGAAAUCAUUAUGUAAACCAGUACGGACUGGUAAUUGCAAAUAAAAUUCGCCGAUUAGAAGAUCUCAUGACCAAGCGCGCAAGAUAUGUAACAUCGUUGAAUUUUCUGAAAAGGUGCCGCGACCACCAGCUCAUUCCUACGUGUGUCAAAAUAUCUACUAAAAAGGACAUUCGAGGAAGCGCUAAGAUCUUAAAUCAGGCAAGUAAAAAGUUGUUACGAACGGUGAUUCAGCAAAAACGGUUCGAUUUACAAAUCAUAAAUAAUACCAUAGACAAUUUGUCCAGUGAGUUAAAGACCGUUUUAACGACAUUUGAUUUUAAUAAUUGCAUUGAAACUUUAAACAAACGCGAAAUAUCGAAAUAUAAUGAAUGCAAAGACAAACAAAUAGAAAAAUACCAAAAAUUAACUAUCAAAUCAAAUGCCAAACAUCCAUGUCAACGUAGAAACGAAACGCAACAACCGUUGACCACAGACGCAAACAAUAAACAACGCACGGUCUAUAAUUUGUCAAAAGAAACACUGGACGAACCAACAAUAAGAGUAUUGUCGAAAGGCUUAAAUUUUGCUAUAACGCCGCAAAAAAUCCCGUACGAGGAAAUUAUCUGUAGUGUUGAGGAUUGUCUGUUUAAGAAUAAUAUCGGUAAAGAGGAUUUAGAGGCUAUACGUCAAGACAUUUCGUCCUUGUUACGUCGAAGUUCAGCGCCGAAACUAAAUCUUCCGAAAGACGAAUUUAAAGCGUUGUACAACUUACGCAACAGACCCGAGCUCACGAUUCUCCGCGCGGAUAAAGGAAAUGCUACGGUAAUAAUGGACACGUCAGAGUAUAAUUUCAAAAUACAACAACUUUUAUCGGACGUAAGUACAUACAAAAAGGUCAAAAUAGACCCUACAACUAAUACACUCAAAACAACCACUGAUUUAAUAAAGAAAUACUCCGAAAAAUUAGAUCUUGACGUGAAUUCGACAAUACCAUCAUGUGCCAAACCACCGAGGUUGUAUGGGUUACCGAAAAUACACAAACCAAAUGCUCCACUACGUCCUAUAGUAAGCCAGAUCGAUUCACCAACUUAUAAGUUGGCUCAACACUUGGCAAAAAUACUGUCACCACUAAGAGGACAUACCAGAGCACACACAAAGGAUUCAUACCAAUUUGUUAGUGAGAUUAAAGACCUACAUCUCGCUGACAAUGAAACUAUGGUCAGUUUUGAUGUUCAGUCACUAUUCACAUGCCUACCUAUUGAAGACUGCAUCUCAAUUGUUACUAGAAAGCUAGAAGAUAACAACAUGCCUACAGAAUAUGCAGUAUUACUCAAACACUGCCUCACAUCUGGCUAUUUAUUGUGGAAAGAAGAGUUCUACAUGCAAGUAGACGGAGUGGCAAUGGGCUCACCUGUAUCUCCCGUAGUCGCCGACAUAUUCAUGGAGGACUUUGAGGAGAAAGCCCUUCUUACUGCUCCUGUAAAUCCAAGAUUCUACAAGCGGUACGUAGACGAUACUUUCACAAUUUUACCAUCUGACAAAGUAACUGCAUUUUUUUAAACCACCUUAAUUCCAUAAACCCUAAAAUACAAUUCACAAUGGAGUUAGAGGCAAACAAUACUUUAGCUUUUCUAGAUGUUUUAGUCAUCCGAAAUCCUGAUAACACUAUUGGUCAUACUGUGUACAGAAAAAAUACCCAUACCAACCGAUAUUUAAAUGGUGAAUCUCACCAUCAUCCUUCACAGUUAGCUACCGUGGGAAAAUCUUUGUUUCAGAGAGCACGAGGGAUCUGUGACAGAAAACAUCUGGCCGCCGAGCUUCAGCACGUCGAGCAAGUACUGCAAGACAACAAGCUUCGGGUCCCGCGCCUACGUCACAGUGACCGAGUGAAGCCAGCCACAGUCGAGCGUGUGCCUGCUGUACUACCCUAUGUCAGAGGAGUCACAGACAAGGUUGGCUACAUCUUGAAGCGAGCUUCCAUUAAAACGUACUUCAAGCCGCUGAAGAAGAUUGGUCAAUUUUUACCAUCCGUCAAGUGUCAUAUCCCUCUACAAGAUGCAGGAGUGUACAAGCUGGAUUGUGAAUGUGGUCUCUCGUACAUAGGACAAACAAAAAGAUCUAUUAAAACCCGCGUUAAAGAACAUAUAGCUGACGUGAAGCACCGACGUAUCGGGAAGUCUGCAGUUUGUGAACAUGUUCAGGAUCGUCCCCGUCAUUACAUUAGAUUUGAUAGACCACAAAUCCUCGCAAAAGAACACCGAUUCCUCCCAAGGAUGAUUCGCGAGGCUAUUGAAAUUAAAAAACAUCCUAAUUUCAAUAGAGAAGAUGGAUGGGUGCUGCCAUCUGCUUGGGAUCCCAUAAUUAAUAAAAUCAAAUCCAAACCCAAGUAUACCACUGCUAGACUUCAAGAUACUGUAAGCUCAUUCUGCGUAAAUCGAACCAAAAAUUAAUAUUAAAAAACUGAAGGUAGCCGGGCUAACUAUGACAACAGGACGUCAAACAACUCCGUCCCCCGUGACCACGGGUGCUGGAAAGCACCCGAAACGUCGGGAAUAUAAAAAUAAGUUAAAAAUAAGUUAAUAUACGCGAUAAAAUCCG